AUGGAAUUUAACUGUGAUAUUUGCAAAAGUCAAUUUUCUACCAAGUUUACUCUAACAAGACAUUUGAAAAAUAAACAUGAUGUAACAAACGAAGUAAAACGAAAAUUGUCUAAAUGCAUUUCUUGUCCUAAUCUAACAUUUUCUAAAAAAGUAUUAUUAAUUAAUCAUUUAAAUGAUCAUCAUGGAACGUGUAUUGAAAAAGAAAUUAUUAACUUUUUAAAUGUAUCUGAAUUUAACAACUGGUUAAAAGAAUAUGAAUCAAACAACAAAUGUGAAUAUGUUCUUCAAACGGGGAAAAAAAAGUCAAAAGAUGGUCAUAGAAGUUAUUAUGAGUGUGGUCGAACAGGAGUUCAUAAAGAAAUUGAUAGUUUUAAAAGAUCAAUAAAAUCACAAGGAAAAAGUGAACUUCAACAUAUCAGUUUACCAAUUACAAAAAAGCAUGAAAUAGCGGCUAAAUUAUCACAAGGGGUGACGAUGGAAAGAAUAUUGGAUGAUUUUAGAGGCAAUAUAGGGAGUAAUUUAAAAAGAGAAGAUCUAAUUACACGAGCCGAUUUGCACAAUAUCAAACAAAAGUACAAUAUCACCAUGCAGGAUGGUCAAUUACACAAAAAUGAUGCCACAAGUGUUGAUAUUUGGGUAGAACAGAUGAAACAAGAAGGGGAAAAUAAUCCAGUAAUAUAUUACAAAAAACAAGGUGAAGUAGAUGUAAACAACAUAUUGGACUUAAAAGACUUCUGUAUUAUAUUAAUGGACCCAAGUCAGAUGCAUAUGUUAAAACAAUUUGGAAAUGGAAAAAUAGUAUGUAUUGAUGGUACACAUGGUCUUAAUGCUUAUGAUUUUGAAUUGGUUACAUUAUUAGUGGUUGAUGAUUUUGGUUCUGGAUUUCCAUGUUGUUUCAUGUUCACAAAUUUAAAGGACACAAAAAUCUACACAGUUAUGUUUUCAACUAUAAAAGAUAAAGUAGGUAUAAUUAAUCCAGAUACUUUUAUGAUUGAUAUAGUUGAGACGUUUUAUUCGGCUUGGGAAAAUACAAUGGGCUCAGUUCCCCAUCGUUUAUUAUGUUCAUGGCAUGUAGAUAGAGCUUGGAGACAAAACAUUUGCAAAAUAACUGGACCGACACGCAAGGAAAAACAAGGGACUAUAUAUAAAUCACUAAAAGUUCUUCAGUCAAUGUGUGAUGAAAAUGAAUUCAAUAAUGCUUUAAAAGAAUUUAACCAGGAGCUAAUGAAUGAUCCAGACACUAAAGACUUUGGUAUAUAUUUUGAUCGCAUGUAUGGAAAUAGACUGUUAUGCAAAAAUCUUAUAAAAUAUUAA